AUGCCCGCGGCGGCAUGGUCGUUCCUACUUUUCAUGCUACAUUUCGUCACGGGUGACUUGGCUGUACCCCGACCAAACGUCAUCAACUCCAUCGGAAGCGUCGAUGCCCUUCAAAGCAUACCCCUGCUAGCCGACAUUGUCAUCCCAGACGGCAGGGAGCUGUUCAUUCCCAUUCACAUCCCGGCCGUCGCGCUCGCAAUCAACGCGAACGGGCCAGCCAAGGUAAACAAAGUGAGCUCUCUGCAUGCAAAUGGCCUCUUUGGCGUUGGCGAAGUCAUCGACAUCGACAUCCAGUUCACGAGCGCCGUGGACGUCGUGGGAACGCCAUCGCUUCGCAUGCGCACAGGAUGCAACACUCCGUCUUGCCGCAUCAAAGAAAUCCAAUCCAUCACGUGCUCCGCCACGAGCGGCAAGUUUGCUGUGUCGUUCCAAGGCCAAACCGUGUCCAACAUUCCAUUCAACGCAUCGCCCCUCAAACUGACCAAUUAUCUGCUUCGUCUCACGUCCAUCUCGGCCAUACAAGUGACCUUUGCCGACGCUGGCACCCAAGCGUGUACGUUCUACGGCACCAAGAUCACGAUUCAAUUCGACCAAGUCAACUUUGUCAGCCCCACCGCCGACGGCAACCUCCCGUCACUCACCACCGACCCCCUCAACCUCCACGGUGACACGAUCGCGUUGGCGCACCACACCCGGUCCGUGGUGCUCACUCCCGUUGCCAUCGAAGUGCAGAAAGGCGUGGCCCCCACCGACCGCGACGCCGUUUUUGUCGGAUUCCGAACCCCUUCGACGCUCAUCUUUCGGUACAUUGUCGCAUACGGCGACCUGUCGCAAGACUUGGACUACACUGCGCCGGACGCGUUGGCGCUCAACACUGGCGGUUCCAUCUUCAAUGCCGGCACGUUCAUUCCAGCGUCGCUCACCCUGCCAGUCCCAGGGCAACUGCCAGCGUGGCCAACAGGGAUGGUGUCCAGCCUUGGUGUGAACAACGCCAUCGCACUCAACUCCAACAUCCCCGUCAUCACGUCCGUAGCCACCCCCACGAAGCCAGACGGAAUCUAUGGCCAAGGGGAACUCAUUGAGAUCAAGCUCACGUUCUCCCUUCCAGUGACAGUUGUGGGGGCCCCCGUCUUGCUGCUUGCGACGGGGCAAAACGUCGCCAAUGCUCCCGUCGUCCGAGUUGAGUCGGGCAAUACCGUGCUCGUGGCGCAAUACGUUGUCAACGCUGGCGACUUUUCGUUGGACUUGACGUAUGUGGAUGCGACAUCGUUCAUUUUAAACGCAGGCGACUCGGUUCUGCGACAGAGUACAACGUCCACCAUGCCCGUCAACAUGACAUUGCCCCCGAAUGGUCUACCCGGAAGUCUCUUCAACUUGGCCAACAUCGUCAUCGACACCACACCGCCGUACAUCAUGACCGUGUCCAGCGUCCUCCCCGACGGAGUCUACACCACCGGAGACAUCCUUGUGUUUUCCAUGGUGUUUUCACGGCCUGUUUAUGUCACAGGCACACCGCAAUUCCAACUCGCUACGGGAAGUAUCGACUUGUGUCCGGGCUGGUUUGUUGUACGAGUACCCACGGAUGGCAACUCGAAUGUAUUUCUAUUCCCCGAAGCUGUCGACUGGCGGUGGCUCUCCCCUGGCUACUUCGUGGUCAUUGCCGGGCGUACGUAUACCGUGGCCAGUGUCUCGGGGUAUAAAGUUACCAUGGUCGAGGCCUAUGUAGGGGUUGCUGUGAACCUCGGCACGAACCCAAUGUCGCCCCAAUUGUCCAUCUUCACGCGGGGGUUUCAGUAUGCAGUGUACACCAGUGGCAGCACCACGUCCACCCUUCAGUUUUCAUACCAAGUGCAGCAUGGAGAUACGUCGUUGGACCUAGCCGCGGCGUCCGACGUGUUGCUUCCCACAUCGACCAGCUCCAUCCUCCGCUUAUCCACCACGCCCACCACACCCGCCAAUCUAGCCAUGCCCAUCGCGGGCUCGGCAGGCAGUUUGGUUGUCGCGAGUCAGUUGGUGGUCAAUACAGACCCCGCCACAGUCCUAAGCAUCUCGUCGCCCACUCGAAGCGGCGUGUACGUUGCAGGCAGUAUCAUCGCCAUCGCAGUGCAGUUCACACAACCGGUGGUUGUGGUCGGCCCGAGCGCUCCUGGUCUGCUCACUAACGUGGGCGAGAACCGGUUUGCCAUCUACGUGUCUGGAUCUGGUACUUCAACGCUGGUGUUUCAGCUCACGGUCGCCCCAUCCGACUCGGCGGCGGCGGUGGCGCCCCUCUCCCGCGACGCCAUGCGCAUGCCGAAUGUGUUUACGUCCAUUCGCCGCAAGUCCAUGAACCCCCUCGACUCGGCUGUGCUGACGCUGCCGCCAUCUGCGAUGACGUUGGGGGCCACCGUCUUGGUUGUGAAUCCGAUGGCGGCGGUCGUUUCCCAACUGGUCAUGGAGAGCCCCGUAUGGCCAAUCUCGUCUUUGAAGACUGGGGACGCAGUGAUCAUCGCCGUGACGUUCACAGAGCCCGUGACAGUGUCGGGGGGAAGUCCCGUUCUCGACCUCACGGUUGGCAAGCCAGCGACGUACGUCUCGGGCUCAACCACGACCAAGUUGUUGUUUCAGUACAUUGUUCAGUAUGGCGACCAAGUACCCGCGUUCGACGUUGUCUCCCCCGACGCCAUUCGUCUCAACGGAGCGGCCAUCGUCGCUGUGAACGGUGGGGCUUCGGCGUCUGUCCAGCUAUUUUCCCAGCUAGUGUUGCUGAUGAGCAACACCCUACCUCCGCCCCAACCCAUCCCCGUCGAUCCAUCGCCAUUUCGAGUGACCGCCGUGCAGUCGUGGAGUAUCGAUGGGACUUACACCGUGGGGGAUUCGUUGCUAUUGGCCGUGACGUUUUCAGAUGCUGUGGUCGCGACUGGCGCGCCACAGCUGGCGCUGCGCACCGGCAACGCCUUGGGGGACCAAGUCGCCGCCUUUCACAGUGCAGACGCCAACGUCGUGUACUUUGUGUAUGUCGUUCAAGCGGGAGAUGCUACGACGCAGGUCGUGGAGGCGUCGACGUCGGCGUUGCAAUGUUCGAACGAUGUGGGGCUGAAUGCAAACCCCGCAACCGACGACGCUAUCGCCGUGUCGAUCACUGAUUGGUCGAGUCAAGUCGUCGUGUGUUGGAGCGAAGCGGGAAAGGUUCAAGUCCGAGUGUUCAACAACAACCCGAGCAUGCCGCUGUGGACGUUGUUAUCGGGGGGAUUGAAUGUGCAAACUGCAGCUAACUGCAAGUGCUCGAGUUCUGGUACCAGCCAACUCGUGUGCUCUUGGGAAGAGCUGGCGGCGGCGGGGGGAGGUGCCACCGUGGUGCAUGUGUCUGCGAUGACGGGCACUCAAAGCACUCCAGUUUGGACGUUACUUUCUGGCUCGGGACUGAAUGUCGACCUCACGAAAAGUGCGUCUCACGUGGCCAUUGCUAGUACAAACGUCGGUGUCGUACUCGCAUGGCAGGAAGUUGCAGCAAGUAGUAGUAGUACCGUGUUGCAAGUCAAAUUCUGGAAUGGCAAUGUGGGCACGCCGGUGUGGACUGCUGUGGACGUGUCGCCUCUCAUGUCCACAACCUCCAACCACCAAGAAGCUCAAAUAUUUUACUUUAACUCUCGACUGACGCUAGUAUGGACCGAAGUCGUGACAGCUACCCGAUAUAAGGUCCGAGUGGCGGCUUGGGUGACGGGGGCAACUUCAUAUUGGACGUUGUUGGACGGCAACGGGGCCGGGCUGAAUGCAGCGACGCGACUCGCAUCCAAGCCAACAUGGGCCGUCUGUAGCGCCAAGCUGUACAUUGCAUGGCAAGACUCGGAUACCCUUCGAGUGCAGGUGUACAACAGUGCGGCCAACACAUGGGCGUACAUUGACGGCGGCGGGGGGCUUCAGACGAGUUCGACGGGGGUCGGCUUUGCUUCCCUUGCGUGCACGUUGAACGGGCUCAUGGCAGCUUGGCAGGAAAUCGUCGUCAGCAGCGGUGUAACGUUGAACCGAGCAGUGUCGUACACAGCAGCAACCAACAGCUGGAGCAGUCCUACGGGGAUUGUGAUGGACAACCCGCUGAAGUCGGCCACGAGCACCGGACCAGCCUUAGCCAGGUCGUCCCAAUCGAUGUAUAUAGCGUGGACGGAACGCCAUGCUGUCAAUUUCAAAGCUCAAGUGCACGUCGCUUUGUUUACGCCAGACACAAAUUCGUGGUUAUCGAUGACGUAUUCAUGCUUGAAGCGUCCUGGAACUGGCUUUGCGGUCCCAUAUGCGCUCACAUUGCCCGGAUUGUUUUCACAAGCCAGUUUGGGCGACACCGCCAAGUUGCAGCUAGACACGUCCCCGCCCGUCGUGCUAAGCAUCACGCCUCUGUCCCCCCCAGGGCUAUAUCGAGGUAAAGACUCGGUGCAGUCGAUUGCUCUGAUAAGUACGGGGGGAAGCAGCAGCAGCGUGGUCACCGGUGGGGGGUUUGCACUGGGGUACAAUUCGGUCGUGUCGGCAUGUAUCGCUUGGAACGCUGCUGCGAUGGACGUUCAAAACACUAUCAACUCUAUGGCGGGGCUUGGAUUGGCCGUGUCGGUGACCAAAGAUUCAGCGGCCUUUCAGCAUGGCGGUGUCCAGUUCAAAGUGACGUUUACGACGCCAGCCAGUGGGGUUCACCCCCUCUCCGUCGAGCCCAACGGAUGUCCUGCGCUAAUGUGUGCCAAUGGUAUCGUAUGUGGCAAAGUCGUUGUUAAUACUGACAAGGCCCUACCGUUGUCGUUGCAGCCGGGGUAUGUGGACUUUGAAGUGAUGUUUUCCGCACCAGUGCAAGUAACUUCGGGGGGUGUCACGCCUGUGCUAACCUUGUCCAAUGGCGUGACAGCUACGUAUGCAUCAGGGGCGAUCGUGCAAGUGAUAGAUGUGGGCGUGUCAUCCCCCAGCAUGGUUCUAGCGGGGGGAUUUGCCCUUUUGUAUGGCGGAGUGCCCACUGCUUGUAUCAACGUCGACGCCAAGGCAGACGGUAGCAGCUUUGCGUCGCUACGGUAUCGGCUGAUGGAACUCCCGACAAUCGCGACCAUUGGCAUUGCCUCCAUUCGGUCCCGAGUGUUCCAAAAUGGAGUCCGACAUGUGAUUCACUUUCAGCCUGGAACGCCCCUUCCGUUAACGUAUGCACCUGGUAUAUCCUGUGCUCCACUUGUCGGGGUCAUCCAAACCAUCGACUUGGUCACUACCGCUGCGGUCACGGGGGGGAGUUUUACAGUGGCGUUAGGGGCGUUAGCCAGUGCCACGUGCCUGCCAGUACUCACCGCGUCGGCGGGCCAGAUGCAAGCAGCGCUCAACGCCCUGACCAACAACGAAGUGAUGGUCACAGUUGAAAAGCAUCCGAUUCCAACCGGGGGGUUCCGCUUUGCAGUGACGUUUCCAAACGCACACUCUGCGCAAGCCACGCCGCUGACUGCAACAACAACGGGGUGCACGGCGCUGACAUGUCCGGGCGGGGCGUGUUCGCUGGCUGUAAAUGCCGACUACACGGUCGAAGUCGCGAGAACUCCGUCGCUGGUCUUUCGCUAUGUCGUUCAAGCUGGAGAUAUCGUGCCGGCGGUGGGGUACGUGAGCUUGACGGGGGACAUCGUACAGCGCACCGCUUCGUGGCCUUCUUCUUCUGCGGUCACUCCUGCCAUCUUGACGCUUCCCACAACGCUACCUCCCAGUGGCAUCCAGAUCGAUACGCUGUCGACGCCUACAGUUAUGUCGGUAACGUCUACCACCCCCAACGGGGUGUACUCGCAAGGCGAUCGCAUCGACAUUGUGCUCACGUUCAGCCAAAUCGUCCACGUCACAGGUCGACCCAUAUCGCUGCAGCUCAACUCGAACGGCGUCGCUGUUUAUUCAGCAGGUUCGGGCACCGCCUCUGUCACAUUCCAGUACACUGUGGCCGCUGGGGACACUGCCGUAGAUCUAGACUGCUUUUCAACGUCGUCGCUGCAGUUCUUAACCCCUGGAGGCGGCAUCAACUACCGCGACCCCACCACUCAAGCGUUGACGCCGAUUUCAACGAAGCUUCCAAUUGGUUCUGCCGCCAACAGUCUCGCCACUUUGUCGUCCAUAGUGAUCGACGCGGUCGUGCCUUCAAUUGUGUCUGUCGUGUCGACGAAACCGAGCGGAACCUACGGCACUGGAGAAGGGAUUGACUUUGUGGUAGAGUUCACCCACCCCGUGGUCAUAACUGGGACACCGUCGAUAGCCCUAAAUAGUGGCGGGAGUGCCAUGUUUACUUUGGGGGGCACCCGACAACUGCUUGACAUUGGCGUCACUUCUGCAGUCACGUCCGGGCAGUUUGCCGUCUGGUAUGGAGACGUUCUGACGGAAUGCAUUAACUUUAACGAUGUGGUCAUGUUGCGCUCAAAGUUGCUUGAUGUGCCAGGCAUUGGAGCCAUUGGCCUCACUUCGGUGACAACUGCCGCCUUCGGCCGUGGCCAGCGCGUGACGAUUGUGUUUACCUCCACGGAUGCUCACACUGCGCCCCUCGAGUUGGUACCCGUGGUGCCGCAGCACUGUCUUCCCCUAAGCCCCCCCACUUCGUCCAACUCGCUUCUAGUCGGUCGGGGCUUGGACCAACUAGUCACGUUCCGAUACACAGUAGCAGUUUCCGACACCGCGGCGGUAUUCGCGGUCACAAGCCCUGCGAUUGCCCUCAACGCGGGCACCGUUCGCCGUCGAAGCGACCGACCGUCCAUUGACGUCAACUUGGCACUGCCCGCCCUUCCGGCGACUUUGAAUGCCAUACACAUUCAAGGCGGAAUUCCGUCGAUUGUUCAAGCGGCGAUGGUCACGGCGGGGGGGACGUACGGCGUCGGGUACCCCCCAGUGGCUAGCCCUGCUUACGUCAAGCCCGGCCAAAUCGUGUUCACGUUGACGUUUUCGAUGGAAGUGGUGUUUAUUGGAGCGGUGACAAUUCAACUGAACACGGGAAAACGCGCCGUUUUGUACGCCCAACUAAGUCCAGUGCAGUUUGCCUUUGUGUACACGAUCGAGUUGGGGGAUGCCAGUGUGAAUUUGGACUUUGCGUCGGUUGAUGCCGUCGUCGGGACGAUCAUGGGGCGAUCAACCACCAAUAGUCAGCGCGCCAACACGCUCCUCCCGCUCCUCCAACUCUCGGGCGUGAACGUUGUGACUGUUGAUCCAAACCUACCCGCGGCCAUUCAGUCCGUAACCACGUCUCAUCCGGAUGGGACGAUCGGGUCCGGCGAACGCGUGAUUAUUCAGUCGACGUUUGGCCGACCAACGACCGUCUUGUCGGGCUUAAACCACAACCCCCUUCAGUCCGCAAUGUUUCCGUCUGUGACGGGGAUCCAAGGGGACGUGUACAUGUCGUGGAGCGAGCAGACGUCGGCCACAACAAGUGUCGUAUAUGUAGCUCAAGUGGACAACCAAGCUGGGUUUACGGAACUGAGUCCGCCUGGAGCUGGUAUGAAUCGGCUAGCGGGCAGCAACGCGGUCAAGUCCAGUGUGCUCGUGCAGGACGGAUUUCUGUACGCUGCGUGGGACGAAAAUGGCAUCAUCAACGUGGCUCAGUUUAGUGGCAAUGUAGUGACUAAAGCAUGGACAUCUCUUCCGUUUAUGGGCACCAACGCCGCGGCGACGAAUCCGGUGCUAGCCACGUACAUGAACACGUUGUUUGUGGUAUGGAAAGAAGGCCAAAUCAAUUUUCACACGGAGCAAUCUGCCAAUAUCCGCGUGGCGUCGUACGAUUCGUCGUUGGCGCCUCCGUGGAGAUUCUACGAUACAGCGCAAGGCAAAGUCGGCCUCAAUCUUGACCGAGCCACGGAUCCCCAUAUCUUGGCCUUUGCUGGUCAUUUGUACGUGGCAUGGGCCGAGUUUACCGGCGCUUGCUUUGAAAUUCAAGUGUACGCCCUCGCCCUGAACACGAUGACUUUUGAGAAAAUCCCCCAAGUGGGGUACGUUAGCCCCACUUUUGUCACGUCGUUUGGACCGGUUUUGUUUGCCAACACCGCAACCAACCAACUGAUGGUGCAGUGGUACACGUACCCGGCCGCCAGCGUCCAGCCGACGAUGCACACGGGGGUGGUGACCCCCCAGUACUGGAAGGAAAUCGUGGGGGGAGCGCCGAUGCCGGGGGCUUCGCCGGAUGUAGUCACGUGCAGCGGGCAUAUGGUUGUGACGUGGACGUUGCAAACCGACCACGCGAUGCAAGUGUUUGCAGGUCGACUGGAUGCGGCCGGGGGCAUCUCGCAGAUUCACACGAUUAACCACAACAUGAACCAAGAUGCAUCGAGUCCGAAACUCGCUUGUGUAUCCAGUGUAGGUGACGUGGCACUGUUGUGGACCGAGUACGAUGGGUUUUCGUACAAACUGCGACAGAGUACAUUGAGCGGCGGACGGGGGGAGCAGUGGAUGCCGCAUGUCGCGGGGCUAGCGACGCUAGUGCUGACAAAUGGAUUGGUGGCAGUCAAUACCGACUUAAGCGGCACGUGCGCCCGAUCCCUCACGUAUGAGCUAGUUGUGCCGCCAAAUACUCCUGCGAUACAGCACCUGAACGCUGUCUCAGUGUCCGUCAACCGCGCCCGGAUCCAAGACUGCACGUCUGCGCAAGUGGCCAACACUGUUCUCUUUCCACUUGCCACAGAUAUGCGGAGUCUAGCGUAUACAUCCAAUAUCGCUGUCGACACUUCGGUGCCAUUUGUGUUGGAUGUGUCCACCACCGCCGCCUCCAAUACCUACGGCGCCGGCGAGAUCAUUCCUGUUGUGGUGACGUUUUCCGCUGCUGUGACCGUCUCCCCGUCAGGACUGCAUGGCGAGUCGCCAGCUUGGAUGGUAUUUCAAAGCCGAACCGCGUCUAUCGACGGGUUACACGAACACAAGGCACUGUAUAGCGCUGGCAACAACACAAAUACGCUUACGUUCCUGUACACAACCCUACCUACCGACACAUUUGCCCUGUUUGACUACAUGUUGCCCACGUCUUUGCAAGUGGACGCAGUGGCUGGCGCGUGGAUUCGAAGACAAGCGACGUACCCCACGACGGACGCCGUCUUGACCUUGCCCAUACCCGGCCACGGCCACUCACUCAGUCGAUGGUUUAUCGCUGUAGAUACAACUCCCCCCAACGUUCUCGAUGUCACGGCUACAAACGCCGACGGAACGUACUUCCCCGGCGACGUGAUUCACAUCGUCGUAACAUUUUCCCUUCCUGUGAUCGUGACCCUGUUGGAGGAGGCCCCCCCCGUCAUCACGUUGGCCUUAUCCACUCAACCCAUAGCCAACCCGUCGUUGCAAAGCACUGCCACGUAUGUGAGCGGCAGUGGCACCACGCACUUGACGUUCGAGUACGUCGUGCAGCCUCUCGAUGAAACACCCUUGUUGAGUCUGUUUGACGAUCGCCCAACGGGCGUGGGUUCAUUUGUAAAGGCACUCGACGCCCCCGUGAACUCAAUCUAUCGACUAGCGUCCAUCCCAUCUACUUUAGCCACAUUAGAAUGUCCUGCCCCAGGAACGUUGCACUCGAUGCACCAGAAUAUUGGGUUGGAUUCUACCGUGCCCACCAUCGUUGGCAUGUCCACCACGAUACCCGAUGGGACAUACGAUAUUGACGCGAUCGUGCCAAUCCAAAUCUCGUUUUCAGCUCCUGUGGUCGUCACCGGAGUCCCCUUGCUACUGCUCAACGUACACAGCGACGCCACACGAGGCGCCACAUACCAAUCCGGUUCUGGCACGACCAGCUUGGUCUUUCUCUACCGCGUCCAACUGGGGGACGAGGCGUGGCCCCUGGACCACUUGAACACGAACGCGAUGCAGCUCAAGAUGCCAUUGCGGGUCAAUCCACUGCAGGACCCGCCGUUUGCAACCGUGAAUCGGCUGUCAAGUCACCCGAUCUUGCCGGCGGACCUGACGCUGCCCCCCCUGGGUCCCCCGCCCCAGAUCAACACCCCCCGCAACUUGAUUCGAGCCGGACAUAUCAUCAACAUCCGGACGGACGGCGUUCGCGUGAGUCAAGUGGAGGCGGCUGCAAACAACGUCGUGAGAGGGGGUACCGUUGCUGCCGGCCACGUGUUGGAGCUGUUUGUGCACUUUACCCAACAUGUAUUUGUGACGGGAACGCCCCAAUUGAGUCUAAAUGUCCCCUCUCGAGCCACGUAUGUAUCUGGGUCGGGUACGGAAAUUCUCAAGUUUGUCUAUGUCGUGGCGCCGGGGGACGUCGCUGCAGCGCUCGAACUGACCAGCGUACUGCUGGGAUCGAGUGACGCUGUCAACGAUGUGGAGGAGGUGCCGGUGCCCCUCCAACUCCCCGCCAUAGGAACGCCAUAUAGCCUCGGAAUUCGCUACACGAUCCACAUCUCCGCCAUCCCCCCCGUGGUGCAGAUAGUCGAGGCCAUUGGUGUGUUGCCCCAUACUGUGCUUGCAGCAGGGGAUGUCGUACAGUUGGUCGUGUUGUUUUCAGUGCCCGUGGUCGUCAGUGGCAUCCCUCAAUUGGCUUUGAAUACAGGCCAACCCGCCGUGUAUGUUGCUGGUUCUGGCACAAACUCGCUCGUGUUUUCUUAUGUUGUUCAAGCGGGAAAUGCGGGCGUGCUGGACUAUGCCAGUGCGACGGCUUUGACGGGAAACAUUCGAGCACAGUCGACUACCCCCACAACCCCCGCGAUACUGACACUUGCCGUUCCGGGCACUCUAACCAGUUUGAGUGCGACUUGGAGUUUGACGCUCAAUACAACCCCCCCCACUGUUGUGGACGUAUCGUUUGCAGGACUGCCAGAUCAAGUGUGCACUGUGGGGAUGGACAUCCCCAUACAAAUCAAGUUUUCGUACCCCGUGGUUGUAGCCGGGACCCUCCCGACGUUGGCACUGGCGACUAAGGGCAAUGUGAAUCAAAACGCCAGGUACGUCGGGGGCUCUGGCACGUCCCUGCUCCAUUUUGUCUACACAGUGCAACCUGGCGACGCCUCCACCGCCCUCGAGUACACCCACGCUAACGCCCUUCAAGCGUCGAUGAUCUUGCAGUUCAGCUCCUCGCCCACCGUCCACGCGAGGCUGACGCUGCCAGUGCCAGGGUCCGUUGGCAGUUUAAGUGGCAAGUCGAGGUUGACUGUAUGCAUGACAUGUCCGCGAGUAGUUUCCGUCACUGGGUCCCCCACGGGCGUGUACACUGCUGGGCACACCCUGUCGAUCAUGGUCACGUUUUCUGAAGCGGUGCAGUUUGCCCCUUCCCCCGUCCCAACAACAUCCACAACCGCUCCUGUACCGAUUCCAACGUUAAACAUUCGGCUAGCUAUGGCCUUUGAACGUGUGGCGACGUACACGUCCGGGUCGGGCACGGCCACUUGGACGUUUGUGUACCCCAUUCAAAUAAGCGAUGACGUGUAUCCGGUGGAAGUGGCCAACAUGUAUGCAUUGUACGGAGCCCAAGUCGUGUCUGUGGCCCGUCCAACGUACGUCGCGUCGCUCCGGUUACCAAGUGUCGGUCAACUGAACAGUCUGAGCGCCACGUCAUCGAUUCGCAUCGACACGAGUCCGCCCACGGUCGUUCAAGUGACCACACCCGUGCCCGACGGCGAGUACGGCCCCGGCCAUGUGAUAGCCAUCGAUGUGGCGUUUUCCGUGCCAGUUGUGGUCACUGGAACGCCUGUGCUGCACCUCGCGGUGUUGCCGACCCCUCAGGCUGCCACGUACGAGGCUACAGCAGGCGCCACGUCAUCCGUGGUACGGUUCACAUAUGUCGUCCAGCCAGGGGACUCUGUCUUCCGAUUGGAUUACAUGCGCGUGUGCUCUGAUCGAGGCUUUUUCGACGACGUCGAGGGGUACGACCCCACGGAAUCGUCCCUUCCGUGCUUACCCCUUGGCACCAUCUCAGCCUUGGACCUUAAUGGCGGGUCGAUCAAAGCCGCCGCGACUAUUCCCAUGGUGGACGCAAACGUAGCACUGCCGGCGGUGAGCCCGUGGCCUGCGAUGCGGUAUCUUCGAAGCGACUACUCGGUCGCGUACAACAAGACCGUAUCGCAGACGAUUCCGCAACAACCGAGUGAACGGAGUGUGUGUGCGUUUGAUCAAGAAGACCGCCAGUUUCACAUCUUGUCGAACGGAGUGCCCAAUCAUGUGGCCCCAAUGGGAUUCGUUCCUGCCGCGUACAUGUUUGAGCUGCCGCGGUUCCCCACCAUGACGUGGACGCGGGACCGCCCCGUUGGCCUUGUGGGGGUCAUGCUGAAUGGCAUCCCAUUCAACAACUCGAUCGAGUCGGUUUCUACCGGCGGCGAUUUGUGCGGUGGCGCGCUCGAUGCCUCUACGAAUCGAUACACUUAUGUGGCCAUGCCCACGUGUUUUCUGGAGACAGUCAGGCCUCCAUCAUCCAGUAUGGUCGGGUACGUUUUAGACGGGUACCCCCUGUACAAGCAGUCGGCGACUUCUCCUAUCGUUCUGGACGAAUGUAACGGCGUAUACGGCCCAGAUGGCGUCUACCGGUACUACUUGAACCCAGCGUCUAUUGAAUCCACGGGUACGUUUAUUCCGUGCUUCAAGGGGUACGUGCCAAUGCAUCUUGGGCGAGCCGUCGCAGUGGACUAUACAUUUGUGGGCGGCAUCGAAGGGUUCACGCCAAUCAACUUGCAGGACCUGGUCGUGUUUCCCCAAAAUAGAGAAAACUCCAUUUGGCUCAACGCAGCCAGUGUAUCGGUCACCACAACCGCCACAACUGUGAUUGUAUCCAGCACCGGCCUCCCCGACGGCCCCCUUGGUCUCUUUCCCAACGCUCUCAACUCCAACUCGGUCCUCCCUCAAAACUACCAGUUCCGCAUCCCCCGAUCUCCCGUGAAAGCAGGUACCCGGACCCCCCUGCCCAGCGGGGCCGCCAUCGGCGUCUUAUUGAACGGCAUCCCACUGUAUAAUACCAUCGACACGGACGGCAACUCGCUGCUCGACCCCCGGAUUGUGCGGCACUUGGUGCUGGACAAGUGCAACGGGUACGUUGAUGCCACAGGGGCAUAUCGAUACUACGCCCCCCCGGACUGCCUCUUGGACGCCCUCAACGAACGACCGGGGGACCCUUCCCCCCUCAUCGGGUUUGCUUUCGACGGGUUCCCAAUCUACGGCCGCUUUGACGAGUCCGGAAAUGUGCCGACAGAUUUGGAUCGUUGCAACGGCCGAACCAACCAAGCAGGCAUGUACCAGUACCACGUCACAGACUCUCCUCCGUAUACACUUGGGUGCUUUACGGGCGUGGUGCCGCCGUCAACGCUGCCGUUUUAUCGGAGUUUGGCCACGUCCAGCGCCAUCUCGAUCAAGUCGUCGCCGCCGUAUAUUGUCGACAUUACCACGUUGAAAGCUCCAGGGAGCUACGUGGCGGGGGAAACCAUCGACUUUCGAGUGUUGUGGUCGGAUCCAGUAGCUGUGACAGGGGCACCAACUCUGUCACUGGCCGUCGUCCACAACACGACGCAGGUCGCAGCCAUCGCGACGUACGAUAGCACGACCAGCACCCCCACCACAACAGUGUUCUUGUAUGUCGUGGGGCCCCAAGAGUUCAUUGCUGACUUGAGCGUGCAGUCCCCCACGGCUCUGCAACUGCCGACCGCCGCGACGUCCAUCAAGCGCGCCGCCACUGUCCCCACCCUCGACGCAAUCCUCACGUGUCCGAUGGCCACGCUUGGCUCGCGCAUUCAAUCGGUCGCCAAUGUCCAAGUGAACCUACGGGGUCUGUACCAUCCGGAUGCGCAGGACUUGGCCGUUUCUUUGAUGCACAACGACAUUCGCGCGAGGCUAUUUGAUCCGAUCCCCAUGUCGGGCUACCACUUUGGCCGUCCGCGGGAUGCCACCGCCUGGCGGAUGGACGUGGAGGACGAUGCGAGUAGCAUCGGCGCCGACUACUCGUUCGUUGCGACCAAUUUGGGGGUAAAUCUGGCCCUGAGCGGUAUCGCCACCCAAAGCUCAACGUUUGGGCCGACGUCGUCCGCCAACAAAGCGAUCGAUGGCAUCCGGUCGGCGUACUUUUCGAGUGAGUCGAUUGCCAGGACAUCGGGGGUUGUGCAGCGCGAUCCGGCGCCGUGGUGGCAACUCCGGCUGGACGCCCCGACGGCGAUCGGGACGAUUAAGCUCUUCAACGUUGCUCAGCAACGCAGCCAAUUCGAAGUGCAAGUGGUAUCGGUAACCGGACCAGUUGCCGUAGACGGCACGUUCCAGCUCCGCGUGGGCACAUGCACGACCCCCCCCGUGUCCGUCGGCGCCGUCGCCAUGCGGCAAGACGAGCGUUUGUUUGGCGAGUCAUUUCAAGCUAAACUGGAGGCAUGCACCGGCCAAGUAACCGUGCUCCGCAGCGCCGCCGACCGUAUGGGCGGGUACGCGUGGACUGUGACGUUUGUGGAGGACGUGGGGUCGAUCGCGUUGAUGGAUGUGGUGCAUGCGACACAGGCGACGUUGGAGACGUCUGUGACAACGUUAUGGGACAGCACCGCGAACGUUUGGUAUUCGUUUCAGACGGCGGUGCCUGGCGAGUUGUAUGGCGACACGUUGUAUCCGUGCUAUGUGAUGGUGUUUGAUACACUGUCCGCAUUGACGUUUGAGACAGUGCAAGAUGCGCUCGCGGCAGCCGUGUGGAGUCGGUGGGUAGAAACAGCACAGGUCGAAGCGACGAUUGUGUUGCCUCCGCAUACAAUUGGCCAGUACAUCCGCAUUCAGCACAACUCGCCGCAGUACUUGAGUGUGGCUGAAGUCGAAGUGUAUGCAGAACGAUACCACUCGCUGGCCGAGUACUUUGAAGGGAGUCCCGUGGCGAGCCAAGCGUACGAUUCUAACGUCGUGUGGGCCCCCGAGGUUUCCCUCCAGCUCGCGUUUGGGGGGCAGUCUGCUCGGGGGGACUGGAGCCUCGUGCUUCAAGACCGACGGGCAUCUGUCGCCGUCGGUACCGUCAAGGAUGCGUACCCGCUACAAGGACAGGGGGGGCUAUCCGAGUGGCAGCUCGUGGUGACUAACACGGCGGGUACCACCACCACCCACUACCUCCCCAUGGUAGCUACCAUCUCGACCAUCCCAAAGUACGGCGACCUCCUUGUCGAUGCUCGUGAGUCUGAGACAGAUCAUCUCGACUCGGAAGGCAAUGCGUACUUGGACCCGUCCGAAGCGCGCCAGUACCUGUCGACGUACUGGCCUGGGUACUUGUUUCUGGACGCGUUUGUGCAGUAUCGCAUAUUGCAAGACAUGGUCGAUACGUAUGCAUUGUAUGGACGCCUCAAAGUGUAUGGCCAGCAAGGCCAGCGCCGGUGGAUUGCCGAGACAUGCGAGGGGGCUGUGUGUGUGAUGCCCCCCACGCACUACGAACUGUACACGUCCAUGUCGGUGGCAGCACCCCAGCACCUCCUUGACAAGACGCGGACGGUCGCGUACGUUCCGUCGCCUGGCUUUGUCGGCAUGGAUACGUUUACGUUUUCGACGCAGCUUAAUAACCAUGACGCACCUGGCCUUGUUCGGAUUCAAGUUCUCCACUGCCGAGACCCGACCUGUGUGAACGAUCUUUACCUGGCUCAAAGCAGCAUGCAACCUGCGGGGUCGUAACUAGGACAUCCUACUACUACUACCUACUUACUGUUGUUAACGUGGGAGAUCAACGCUACUUGCAGAUUUCACAACCUUGUAACUGGUUCAGUUAGAUACUAACGUUAGUAUAGCUUUUGACGCA